AUGAGUGGUAUUGCAACAAUCGGCGGGGGUGCGGCAUCCUCAUUCCAGCCGCUCGCUGCUCUUCAAGUGAACUUGAUUAGUCCUCCAUUUGAUACCUACUCCUAUAGCAUUACCAAUUCACAUUUGUUAGCCAAUUGUGCACGUCAAGCACAACAAUUACGCAGAAGGAGGCAUGAACCGAGGAAUGAUGGACCAAAUCGAGAAGGUGCACUGUUUUGUCGUUCUGGUACAUGGGUACAAAUAUUGGAUAAGACAGCUGCUGAAUACGAGGCCAGGAGAAAUGAUCUUAUCAGGCCUGAAUACAUCAGAGGAACGAGAGAUGAGAACAGCCGAUUCAGUGUGUUAGAAUUCAUAUCUGUUGCGUUCGGAUUGGAAACGAAGAAGGAAGACGAGACUGGAAAGGGAAGAGCGGCAGAGGCAGAGGCGACGGGAACAACUCGAGUUGGAAAGAGCGAGUGCAUAUCGAGAACAACAGAUCAGGAAUAG